CAAAGUUGAAUAUCUUCAAACCCAGCAUAGUGGGCUUCAAAACAUUGAUGACCCAAUCAACCAUUCACCACACUGGCCCAAAAAAAAAUCCAUUCACCACACUAGAGAAGGGGAGAGAUAGAGAGAGAAUGGCUGCGAUACACAGAGCGAUUCGGAGCAUCCAAACAGGCGUCGAGUGUCCUCGCCUUUCCAGAUUUUCUCUUCAUGCUCCUAAGAGUGCGGAGGUGGAAUUUUCCAAUGGUAACGUGUAUAAUUUGUCUGCUGAGUUUUUAAGAACACACAGCCCGGCUGCUGACAGCAAAGCUAGAUCAGUUGGAGGUGAAAAGGUGAUAUUUGGGCGGCGUCAUGUGGGGAUCAUGUCUGCAGAACCCAUAGGGAACUAUGGGGUAAGGAUACUUUUUGAUGACUUGCAUAAAACUGGGAUCUAUACCUGGGAUUAUUUGUAUCAUCUUGGGAGCAACAAGUUCACCCUCAUGAGAAAUUAUAUUAGAACUCUGAAGAAACAUGGACUCACACGGGAUCCACCCAGAAGAAAAUGAUGAAAGAAUGUUUUAUUUCAUCAUAUUCUUUCAAUUACUUCAAGUGGCACAGUCUGACUUACACGAAGGAUACGUGGGUGGGAAGCAUAGUGAAUUUUCUCUCUCCUAACAACAUAUGCGACAUGUCUGAACUAAAGAUGCAGCAAUGCAAAUUGCACGAGCUGUUGUUUAAGCUGGCAUCUGUGUGGCCAUGGAUGUACUUCAUUAUCACAGCACUUGUCUGCUGUCUCCUGUUUGGUUUUUCAGUCUUUUUCAGUUUUCAUUCAAUCUCAGUAUGAUAUACCCAACUCAGGAAGAUGGUUUAGGCGAUAAAUUUGUCCAAUUUUGUGUUGAAAAAUUGUCCAAUCGUAACCCGUUAAUUUUGUCUACUGCUGUGUCAUGUUAGAAAUUCUCAGCCUUACUUCUGAUAGGGUUCUUGUUGAGAUACUAGCACUGGGGUGAAGUACUUGGACGCCAUAUGAUACACGUUUAGCAGUAGGGUCUGUGUGGCACAUGAUUCGAUUGGUUAUGUGAUGUAGCAACAACAGGUUGUUCAGCCUUUUACA